GGAUGGGGUGGGUCUAUUGUGCUCCGUAGACCAAGCCCACGCCACGUCCAGAUAUAUAGCAUCGCCGCGCCGCAUGUCGUCUGCCUUCCCUCGGCGUUGGCGCGCCAUCGAUCUCCUUGCUGGAUUUCCAUUCUAUCCCUUCCUUUCUUUGAUCUUUUCCUCUCCGUUCCCACCACGCUGUCCACGUCCCUUCUUCUUCCUCUCCUCUCCUGAGUCCUGAUUAAUUAGUAGUAGCAGCAGCAGCAGCACACACCGUCGGAGAACGCGCGCAGCAGCAGCACAAGAGCACACGCCCGCGUGCGCCUUGAGAGUGAGCCCGCGAGGAGGAAGAGAGGAACGCGUGGUUGGUUGGUUGGCUGCUUGCUCGGCGCCGUACGCCAUGGGGAACUGCUGCGGCUCCGCUGACGCAGACGGGAAGCCGCCGAGUCGUCCUCCCACCAAAGGGCCGCCGCCGAAGACGACGACAUGGGCGCCGCCGACGCCGAAGCCGAGCGACGGCGGCGGCGGGGCGAAGCAAGAGACGGGAGGAGGAGACGAUCCUCCGUGCACGGGUCCCGGGCGGGUUCUGGAGGCGCCGAGGCUGAGGGAGUUCACGCUGGCCGAGCUGCGGCAGGCCACGCGCGGGUUCAAGCCGGAGAUGGUGCUCGGGGAGGGCGGCUUCGGCCGGGUCUACAAGGGCUGGGUCGACGAGCGCACGCUCAACCCGGCCAAGAGCAACGCCGGCGUCAUCGUCGCAGUCAAGAAGCUCAACCCGGAGAGCGUCCAGGGCCUGCAGGAGUGGCAGUCGGAGGUCAACUUCCUGGGUAGGCUGUCGCAUCCCAACCUGGUGAGGCUGCUGGGCUACUGCGGCGAGGACAGGGAGCUGCUCCUGGUGUACGAGUUCAUGUCCAAGGGCAGCCUGGAAAACCAUCUCUUCAGAAGGGGUGGAAACUUGGAGGCGCUGUCGUGGAGCCGGAGGCUCAAGAUCGCCACGGGCGCGGCCCGCGGCCUCGCCUUCCUGCACUCGUCGGAGAAGCAGGUCAUCUACAGGGACUUCAAGGCGUCCAACAUCCUCCUCGACUCGGAUUACACUGCGAAGCUGUCGGAUUUCGGGCUCGCCAAGAACGGGCCCUCCGCCGGCAAGUCGCACGUCACGACCCGGAUCAUCGGCACCUACGGCUACGCGGCGCCGGAGUACGUCGCCACCGGGCACUUGUACGUGAAGAGCGACGUGUACGGCUUCGGCGUGGUGCUGCUGGAGCUGCUGACGGGGCUGCGCGCGCACGACCUGAACCGGCCGAGCCACCAGCACAACCUGGUGGAGUGGGCUAAACCCUACCUCUCCGGCGCCGGCAAGCUCAAGAGCCUCAUGGACCAGCGGAUCGACGGCCAGUACAACACCAAGGCCGCGCUCCGGGCCGCCAGGCUCGCCGGCAAGUGCCUCACCGGAGACCCCAAGAGCCGCCCUUCCAUGGACGACGUCGUCGCCGCGCUCGAGGACAUCGAGGCCCCGCAGCAGGGGGCCGGAGGACACCGGGACCUGCCGCCGCGGCCCGGAGCGCGCCGCUCGUAGUGCCGCACCGUUUGAUGCAGCAUGGUCGUUGCUUGGCUUGAGCAAGUUAAGGCUAGCUGCUGAUUCAGAACACUUGCAUUGAUUCGUCAGCUUCAUUCAACUAAUCGCCAGAGUUUCCAUUCUUA